AUGGCUGAGUCCGCGCUGAGCCAGGCUGCCGUGCUGGGCUUCCUGCAGGAGCACGGCGGCCAGGUGAGCAAUUCGCUGCUGGCGAGCCACUUCAAGCCGCUGCUGGAGGUGCCCGGCGGAGACCCCGGAGAGAGAGCCGCACUCCUCGAGCGCUUCGUCAACAACGUGGCCGUCGUGCGGGAGCUGGACGACGUCGAGUUCGUGGUGCUGAAGAAGACGCACCUGCUGGAGUUGGGGGCGGAACGGAGCGCGGCGCCCACCGCCGGGGAGCGUUCUGGCGGCGCGGAGGUGGAGGCAGAGGAAGGCGCAGGCGCGGCCCCCUUGGCCCCUGCUCUCCAUGCCGCCUCAGGGGUCCCUCCUCUCCCGCCUGACCAGGAAGCUCUUGAGGAGAACCAGGUAUCACUGCCUGUGUCUCAGUUGAAGAGUCUUUUCCAAAGGGGGGACGUGGAGCUGCCCAAAGCCCCCAAUGGCCAUGAUAAGUUGAGCCCCAAAGCUGCCCCACAGAAGCCCUGCAUGUUGCCGGUGCGCCUCGUGCUGCCUCCCAGGGGUGGGGCUCAGAGGCUGGAGGAACUGAGCCCAGAGCAAGAGCAGCCCGAAAGCAAAGACUGGCCCCAAGGGGGGCUCUCUGCCAUCACCCCGUCUACUUCUCCUUACACAAAGAGGCGGCAGUUCGAGGAGCCACCCAGCUCCCCUCACCUUAAGAGGGUGCCAAAGUCUCAAAAGGUGGGUGAAGAAGCUGACAGCGCAACUACGGUCCCACUGGAAGCUGCUGAACAUGAGUGGCUGGUCUCAGCCACAGCUGGCCAGUGGUCCCAGCGGCUUCAUGGCCUGUUGCUGAGUGACAAGAGUCUGGCCAGCAAGAGAGAUUUCAUGACCGGGUUCACUGUUCUGCACUGGGCAGCUAAAACUGGAAACUGUGACAUGUUGCAUAAAGUCAUUGAGGUGGCUGAGAAUGGUGGCGCACACGUCAAUGUGAAUGCCAAGUCCUAUGGCGGUUAUACUCCACUCCAUAUCGCUGCCAUACAUGGACAAGAAGAAGUCAUUGCUCGGUUGGUCAAGGAUUACAAUGCCAAGGUAAGCUUGAGAGACUAUAGUGGGAAGAAACCAUUUCACUAUUUAAAAGAAGGGUCUUCUUUUGCAGUCAGGCAUCUCUUGCGUGACCCUGAUCUUCACACCAUCUCUGGACACAACUCCUCCAUCAAGAAGAACGCAAAGGUGGCUGCUUCUAUUUUGAGUUCCACCAGUACGGUCUUGGGGCUUUUGUCUGAUGACACUGCUUUCUAUGAGCUGACCAAAGGCUUAAAGAAACCUGCUACGCUCAAUAAAUUCCUUCAUGCAGCCACAGCCCCAAGGAGGAAGCUGAAGCUCAGAGGAACUUUCUCAUCCUCUUCUUCCUUGUCUGAGGCAGUGGAGGAAGAACAGGAGGAAACCACAUCAAAACGUAGACCAGUUUCAGAGUUAUUUUUUGGUCACUAG